AAAUCAGCAGCCCGCCAGUCACAGUGAACAAGGACACGGAGUCGGGUGAUCGAUUACAUUUAGACAGAGAAGUCAGCAGCCUGCCAGUCACAGUGAACAAGGACACGGAGUCGGGUGAUCGAUUACAUUUAGACAGAGAAGUCAGCAGCCCGCCAGUCACAGUGAACAAGGACACGGAGUCGGGUGAUCGAUUACAUUUAGACAGAGAAGUCAGCAGCCCGCCAGUCACAGACAACAAGGGCACGAAGUCUGGUGAUCGAUUACAUUUAUACAGAGAAGUCAGCAGCCCGCCAGUCACAGACAACAAGGGCACGAAGUCUGGUGAUCGAUUACAUUUAGACAGAGAAGUCACAGCCCGCCAGUCACAACAGAGAAGUCACAGCCCGCCAGUCACAGUGAACAAGGGCACAAAGUCGGGUGAUCGAUUACAUUUAGAUAGAGAAGUCAGCAGCCCGCCAGUCACAGUGAACAAGGGCACGAAGUCGGGUGAUCGAUUACAUUUAGAUAGAGAAGUCAGCAGCCCACCAGUCACAGUGAACAAGGACACGGAGUCGGGUGAUCGAUUACAUUUAGACAGAGAAGUCAGCAGCCUGCCAGUCACAGUGAACAAGGGCACGAAGUCGGGUGAUCGAUUACAUUUAGAUAGAGAAGUCAGCAGCCCACCAGUCACAGUGAACAAGGACACGGAGUCGGACAGAGAAGUCAGCAGCCCGCCAGUCACAGGGAACAAGGGCGCGGAGUCGGGUGAUCGAUUACAUUUAGACAGAGAAGUCAGCAGCCCGCCAGUCACAGUGAACAAGGGCACGAAGUCGGGUGAUCGAUUACAUUUAGAUAGAGAAGUCAGCAGCCCGCCAGUCACAGUGAAGAAGGGCGCGGAGUCGGGUGAUCGAUUACAUUUAGAUAGAGAAGUCAGCAGCCCGCCAGUCACAGUGAACAAGGUCGCGAAGUCGGGUGAUCGAUUACAUUUAGAUAGAGAAGUCAGCAGCCCGCCAGUCACAGUGAACAAGGGCGCGGAGUCGGACAGAGAAGUCAGCUGCCCGCCAGUCACAGUGAACAAGGACGCGGAGUCGUGUGAUCGAUUACAUUUAGACAGAGAAGUCAGCAGCCCGCCAGUCACAGUGAACAAGGGCGUGGAGUCAGGUGAUCGAUUACAUUUAGACAGAGAAGUCAGCAGCCCGCCAGUCACAGUGAACAAGGGCGUGGAGUCAGGUGAUCGAUUACAUUUAGACAGAGAAGUCAGCAGCCCGCCAGUCACAGACAACAAGGGCGUGGAGUCAGGUGAUCGAUUACAUUUAGACAGAGAAGUCAGCAGCCUGCCAGUCACAGUGAACAAGGGCACGAAGUCGGGUGAUCGAUUACAUUUAGACAGAGAAGUCAGCAGCCCAUCAGUCACAGUGAACAAGGGCGCGGAGUCGGGUGAUCGAUUACAUUUAGACAGAGAAGUCACCAGUCCGCCAGUCACAGUGAACAAGGGCGCGGAGUCGUGUGAUCGAUUACAUUUAGACAGAGAAGUCAGCAGCCCGCCAGUCACAGUGAACAAGGGCACGAAGUCGGGUGAUCGAUUACAUUUAGACAGAGAAGUCAGCAGUCCGCCAGUCACAGUGAACAAGGGCGCGGAGUCGUGUGAUCGAUUACAUUUAGACAGAGAAGUCAGCUGCCCGCCAGUCACAGUGAACAAGGGCACGAAGUCGGGUGAUCGAUUACAUUUAGACAGAGAAGUCAGCAGCCCACCAGUCACAGUGAACAAGGACACGGAGUCGGGUGAUCGAUUACAUUUAGACAGAGAAGUCAGCAGCCCGCCAGUCACAGUGAACAAGGACGCGGAGUCGUGUGAUCGAUUACAUUUAGCCAGAGAAGUCAGCAGCCCGCCAGUCACAGUGAACAAGGGCGUGGAGUCAGGUGAUCGAUUACAUUUAGACAGAGAAGUCAGCAGCCCGCCAGUCACAGUGAACAAGGGCGUGGAGUCAGGUGAUCGAUUACAUUUAGACAGAGAAGUCAGCAGCCCGCCAGUCACAGUGAACAAGGGCGUGGAGUCAGGUGAUCGAUUACAUUUAGACAGAGAAGUCAGCAGCCCGCCAGUCACAGACAACAAGGGCGUGGAGUCAGGUGAUCGAUUACAUUUAGACAGAGAAGUCAGCAGCCUGCCAGUCACAGUGAACAAGGACGCGGAGUCGUACAGAGAAGUCAGCUGCCCGCCAGUCACAGUGAACAAGGACGCGGAGUCGUGUGAUCGAUUACAUUUAGACAGAGAAGUCAGCAGCCCGCCAGUCACAGUGAACAAGGGCGUGGAGUCAGGUGAUCGAUUACAUUUAGACAGAGAAGUCAGCAGCCCGCCAGUCACAGUGAACAAGGGCGUGGAGUCAGGUGAUCGAUUACAUUUAGACAGAGAAGUCAGCAGCCCGCCAGUCACAGACAACAAGGGCGUGGAGUCAGACAGAGAAGUCAGCUGCCCGCCAGUCACAGUGAACAAGGACGCGGAGUCGUGUGAUCGAUUACAUUUAGACAGAGAAGUCAGCAGCCCGCCAGUCACAGUGAACAAGGGCGUGGAGUCAGGUGAUCGAUUACAUUUAGACAGAGAAGUCAGCAGCCCGCCAGUCACAGUGAACAAGGGCGUGGAGUCAGGUGAUCGAUUACAUUUAGACAGAGAAGUCAGCAGCCCGCCAGUCACAGACAACAAGGGCGUGGAGUCAGACAGAGAAGUCAGCAGCCCAUCAGUCACAGUGAACAAGGGCGCGGAGUCGGGUGAUCGAUUACAUUUAGACAGAGAAGUCAGCAGCCCACCAGUCACAGUGAACAAGGACACGGAGUCGGGUGAUCGAUUACAUUUAGACAGAGAAGUCAGCAGCCCACCAGUCACAGUGAACAAGGGCACGAAGUCGGGUGAUUGA